AUGCUCGUAUUAGUUCUUUUACUUGCGGCUUUCAGCACGGCCACCAUUACAAUCCUCGAUCCCAGCGACUUUGCAGAUCUAGCAACUGAUGAAGCCGAUAAUGCGCUGACUGCGAAUUGGAAUUAUGCUCCACUUUCAUACCAAGCAUAUUCAAUCACUGGGCCCUACGUCUAUAAUGACACCUCCAAAGAAAUCUCCCACAAGACUCUUACAAUUGCCAAGAAUGACACCAGUGUCGUCGUGAUCACGGAGAAUUCGCAAGUCAAUAUCUCUGGGUCUACUGUGAUCAAGAAUGGCUACUCGACUGACUUGUACCAAUCGAGCUUUUAUGGACUGAACGCUGCUGUCAACAUUGCCAAUGCAUCAACCGCAUAUCUGCGGAAUGUCAAUGUGACGGUUCAUAACGGAGCUGCCAACGUUUAUGUUUAUGGAAACAACUCGUAUGCCUUUAUUUCAGAUUCAUCAUUAUACAGUUCGGGUCCGGUCUCUCAUGGAUUAUACGCUGCCGGCUACGGUACUGUUGUUGGCAAGAAUCUUCGCCAUUAUUCUGGAGCAUAUCGAUCGUCCUCGUUCGCAGGUGACAGCCCUAAGGGAUACGUCUAUGUCUACGACUCGAUUGCCCACACUGCAGGCAUUGGAAGUGCGAUCUUCUAUGGGCAAGGUACAGUGUAUGCAGAGAACAUAGUUGGUCAUGCACAGCAGGCUCCCAUCGCCUUCCUGGAUGGGUCGCAGAUCGAUAUCCACGAAUCCGACUUGACUGCGGGACUACUGGCGGGUGCUGUCAUCUUCUCAUCUGGGACUCGCCAGUCCGGGUCGGAGAUCAGUUUCACCAAUUCACGCCUCACUGUCCUUCCGGAUGAGGCAGCCGGACUGUGGUUCGGCAAUGUGAUAGCGAGUGCCAGUCUAGUGCGCUCACAAAUCAACACCAACUCCGGCAUCUUGGUCAUCGCAAACUACUCCCAAGUCACCCAGGACUUUGAUCAUUUUGCCGACUCUACUGCCGCUGCUGAAGCUACGAUCACAGUCUCCGAGUCAACAAUUUCUGGGGACUUGGUCGCGUACAACGGAAGCACGAUCAGCUGGAGCUUGGGAAAUUAUUCAACAUGGACGGGUAAAGCAUAUUCUGGCUAUGGGAACGCAUCGUUCUCGGUAUCGCUUGACGCCAGCUCAUCCUGGAUACUGACGGGACAUACUGUCGUGACAGAAUUCACUGAUGCCGAUACCACUUUGAGCAAUGUGCAUAGCGCGGGAUACAAUCUCUACUAUGACUCUGGCAGUGCCCACAAUAGUUGGCUGAAGGGGACUACUAAGAAGAUUAAUGGUGGGGGCUACUUAAAGCCUGCGAGCAGGUCGCAACUAAGAGGGUCUCAUUGA